AUGUCAUCACGUAGCUCUGGGGUGGCCGUGGGGCUUGGUUCCCAGCCCGGCUGCAGCACUCCUCUGCCAGUGCAAAGAAAUGCCUUCCCAGCACUGCAUGUCCUUUCGCCGCGGAGCCGCUCGUUUGCCCUGCUCAGCCAGAAGGACUUCAAAAGCUUCAAUGGGAGCUUCUGCGACACAAGUGAUGCUUUGGGGUCUGAUCUCUUGGAUGGCAACUACUCCAUCCCUGACUCGCAGUUGGUCCGGAGGAUUGUGUCCCAGGUGGAGUUCUACCUCUCUGAUGAGAACCUGGCCAAAGAUGCUUUCCUCCUGAAACAUGUCCAGAAGAACAAGAUGGGCUUUGUCAGCAUCAAACUGCUGACCUCCUUCAAGAAGGUGAAAUACUUGACGCGUGACUGGCGGCUCACGCUCUAUGCCCUGCAGUUCUCAGAGCUGCUGGAGGUGAAUGAGGAGGGCACUAAAGUGAGACGGCGGGUCCCCGUCCCCGAGUCCCUGCUGAGCAUCCCCCCCAGCAAAUUGCUGCUGGCCUGGGAGCUGCUGCCCCAGAAGCAGGACGUGCUGCCACCACUCCAGAAGAAUUUCCUUGAGACCAUCACAAGGAUGUUCAGCCCCUUUGGUGCCAUCGUCUCCAUCCGAAUCCUGCGGCCGGGCCGCAAGCUGCCCUCGGAUGUGCGGAAAUACACAUCGCGCUUCCCUGAGCUGCUGAGCAAGUGCUGCGCGCUGGUGGAGUAUGAGAGCCUGGAGAGUGCCCGCAGGGCCUUUGAGGACCUCGGCCACCAGAGCUGCCCGGGCAGCGAGAGCAUCAGGGUGGUCCGGCUCUGUGGGAAGGGCUCUAAGAAGAAACCUGGGGUGGAGAGGGAGAUGGUGGAGGAGCUGGUGGACCAGCCAAGUUGGAAAGUGCAGAUGGCAGCCACGACCUUCCCCUAUGGCCUCGGGGACUCCCUGUUCUGCAGCUCUCCAGAGUCAGAUGGUGCCCUGGCAUCACUGCCCCUCCUCCUGAACAAGGAACCCUCAGCACCUGCCUGGCCUGGUGGUGACUUCAAGCCCAACGACUUCGACAACACCUUCACCGGAUCACUGCUCACCAGCAAAGUCUUCCCUCCACUGGGGACAGCAAAGAGAGUACCUGAGCCCCCCGCUCUGUGGGAUGGGGUUCUUCACCUGCCUCACGGCCCCGAUGGCACUGAGGGCUUCUUCAGCAGCUUUGGGAGAGAAGAGAUUGUCCUCCAGCACUAA